AGUCGCCAAAAAUAAUUAAUGACGAUUUUGGCUUCCGUUUAUUCGGGACCCCGGGGUCCCGCCAUAAGGUUCACAUGACGAAAUAACUUUUUUUGUCAUUUCCAAACCAAAUGCAUUCACAAUUUAGCAGUCGGCAUUGCCAUGAUACUAAGUGUCCCAAUGUUGAUCUUUCACAGAUAAGUGUAACCUGUAUUAUUAGGGAACGGCCCAAGAAAGUGGAUAUCAUAGAGCUACCUCUGAAGUUCCAUUAAGUGACUUAUCUGGUACACAGGUACAUUUUCCUGCCUUCCUGCAACCAAUAGUAAUAUUCUUCGCAUGACGAGUCUAAACUCAGAUUUAUUUUUAUUUUCGAGCUGAAAUUUAGCCAAAUUAAGUGCGAAAACACUUUGUGAUUGCUUUGUUUUAUUCACAGGUGACCUUGCUAAGACCUUGAACUUGCCAUACUUGACAACCUGGUUUAAUAGCAGGCAGCUGCUUUGAAUUUAACCCAGGAUACAAAACGGAUCCGGGUCCAGCACUAUGACCUCCGACCACCUCCCCUAUUAUCCGGGCUUAUUGGCAAUUCUAAUUAUCUGUGGUCCGAAUCUAUCCCUGAUAACUCCUGUUUACAGGAUAAGAGCCGUUCACUUGGAAGUAGCAAUUGCGUGAAUCAAGUUGAUUUUGUUUUUUACGAGGUGACGAGCUCAAGAGGCCAUGGCAGUCACAUUUGAAAACUUGUCCUGAGUCACCAAAAUUACAAAAGCAUGAAUAAAGAGUCGCGCAGGAAAUUCCUCCUGUUAUCUACAGUAAUUAUUGUAAUGGAUAAGAGGAGGUGCAUGGCUAAUUCCUUCUGUUACCUGUGCUUAUCUGUGGAAAUCCAAAGUGCCUAGACCACUGUCUCUUAUCCAUUGGCCAUUUUUGCCGAUUUGCACAACUUCCCCGAAAUAACCGUGGAUAAAUUAUGGUAUUUAUGAUGAGGGUGGUGGUGAUGAUGUUUAGUACUCGACGUUUCCUGCAGGAAUCAAGUUCAUUUUGGAGAGUAUGGGAAUUGUCCAGUAGCACCCCCUAUUAACUUCAAUGGUGAUGCCGGGAAUCGGUCCAGAAGAUGGAUUGUUGCAUUUAAAGAUCGUAAAUGAUUGUAAGGGCUUCGGGGGAGGGGAGGCCUUAAUCCAACAGAGGGUUGACCAUGGCUGGUGAUAAGUUGGGCAGCAAAUUACUCCACAUUUUUCUCUGGCUUUAUCGCUUGGAAGUGGUCUCCAUAAGGAGAUAUUUUUUUUAAAUGACCAAUAUAGGGAUGUCUUAUUAUAUAUCCCUUCACUUGAAAGUGUGAAUAAGGAGUCUUGGCUGUAUGAUUCUGGUUUGUGGAGGGAUUUAUAAAGGCCAUAGGUAGAAUACUACUCGUGAGAUGUGACAGGCAUGUAUGCUGUAUUCUCCAGGUUAUGACAUUUUUAUUUCUAAAUAAUUUUAAACCAAACGUUGAGGGUGCUUCAUAGACUGAUAUGUGUCCUGACACCUUGUACCUGGACUAUGUAGGAACUCGGCCUGCUUGCCACUCAAUCUACUCGCCAAUCCAUUUGCCAGUUUGGAUUUAGCAAGUGGCUUGAUAGAAAAUGUCUUACUGGUCGUGUACACAGACGCCUUGUAUUUAUUUUAUUGACAUGUGGAAAAGCAGAAUUAAAUCCUGAUAUCUCGUGAACUAUCACAGCUGCUCGUCCCAACACCGUUACAGUAGCAGUGAAAGAAUAAAGAAGCAGAAUGGAAUAUAUUCUUUCACUGCUACUGUAAUGGUGUCGAGACGAGCAGAAGCCGUGGUUCAUGAGAUAUCAGUAUCUCUGAGUCUGGACAUUUUAAAAAUUCGACUUAAAACCUAUUUAUACGUUUCCGCUUGUUAAAACAUUUAUUCAUUUAGAGAAUUAUUUAUUUAUUUAUAAUAUUAUUUUUAUGCUGAGUAUCUACUGAUGCUGUGUCCUGUGCAGCACUUUGAGAUCCUUGAUGAAAGCGCUACAUAAAUGUGAUUAUUAUUAUUAGUAAGUGGAUGCGUUGUGAGCAUCGUAUUUCUGAUACGUUUACCCGCAUCGAAUGUACCCGCAAUAAUGUUACGUUAAAUGACCCAAAAGUAGUGACCCGUCUUAAACUCCAGCAGAGAAUAUGGUAAGAUAUCUGCAGCCGAUGGGUCGAGAUAUGACAGAUGCUUGAGAUAUUGCGCAGAUCAUGGUAUUAUGUCCCAUAAGCUUUGUACUAAACACAUAUAAUAAUAACAUCAAUCAUGCUUUCCCACCUGAUGACGAACGCGUGUGUUGCGCCCGAAACGUCGUGAUUUAUUUAAUUUUAUACCUACGUGACUUUACCGAAAGAACCAAAGAGUACGGAUAAGAAUAAUUUGCUUAUUUAUCCAGGAAAGCCACACGCGUAUAAUAAUUUACUUAUUUAUCCAGGAAAGCCACACUAAUUCGUACUACUGUUUUUCAAUAGGGUGCCGCAUUGGGUGUUUAUUUUAAGAUGCUUUUGUCAAUUAAUGAAUGUUUUAACGUGGGAGGAAAUCCGAACAACACUCUUUGCCCAUACAAAUGGAAACAGAUUGGGAUUAGCCCCCUUGCUUUACUGCCUUCUUUAGGCAAGCCAGGGUAUGGCACCUCGACAGCCACGAGAAGGGAGUUUCUCAACAUUGGUGUAUUCUACCAAGCCUAGCUGCAUUCAGUGUGCUGGAUAAUUAUCAGUGUGCAUAGCCACCAUCGUCUGGCUAGGUCAGGGGUCGACAACCAAAAUAACAAGAAGAGAAAUUUUUAUAGACUUUGGUACAAAACUCAAUAUUCCAAGAGAAACGAUACAUGUGAGUACAUACAUUCCGUAAUUAAGCAGUCCGUAAAGAGCCGCAUGCGGCUCCGGAGCUGCAGGUUGCCGGCCCCUGGGCUAGGUAAAACGUUAUUUGGUGAUACUGCAUUGCAAGUGGUGCACAAGCACAAAUAAAGACUCAACAUGUUAAUCAACACUGCAUUAAAAUUAUAAAAACACAUCCUGCUGUGAAGGGAUAUUGCCCCAAAUGUCAACAAUAAUAAACUUUUCAUGAUGAAUGUGUGAUGAGUUUGUCACACGCAGUGAAAGUAAGGGCUGAGGAUACCAACCGCAAGGUAAUGGACCAACUUAGACAUGCGCUUCCGAUUUUUUUGCUCCACUGUAGCGAGGUCGGUUCAAUCCCGACCUGGAUACCUACUGUAUAUUUGGAGUUGGCAUCUUCUCCUCGUGGUCGCGUGGAUUUUCUCCGGAUCCUCCGGUUUUUCCCUCCACAUUUAGAAAAAUGCGUUUAUAGUAUGUGGUCGCUAUAAAUUUAAGUGAUAAGCUACUUCGUCGAGCUAUCAUGUGUCUGGACAGAUAACUUCUGAAAAAUUGUCACAACGUUCAGUGUGCCUUGCCUGGGAAAAUAAAAAUAGCUUUAAGUUUUGUUUCAUGUGAGAUUGUAAAUCAUAAAAAAACACAACUUUCGUAAUAUGUGCAGUUUGUUUUAUUCAAAGUCACAGGAAACCACAGACAAGUGGGAAUGCAGCCAGAACCAGUACCAACAAUUGCCGAAUCUCCGUGGCUCUCGAUUAGGGUGUUCAUGAGUUGGAGGAAACCGAAGUACUCGGAGAAAACCCACAUGUGUGAGGGGGGAGUAACACUCCAUUCCCGUAUAGAUGGAAGAGAGAUGGAAUAGAGAUGGAAUAGAGAUGAAUAGAGAUGGAAAGUGAUGGAAAGUAACCCACUUGCUGUACUACCACACACUGGUAAGGCAGGAGACGGUGACCUCGCUGCCCAGCUGGUACGGCAAUUGUCGUGCGGUCCACCAACCCUCGCCGUCUCUAUGGUGCUGGAUUGCCGGUUAUGCGCGACCAUAGCGCCGAGACAUUCUCAAGAGAACCCAAGGUCUGAGGUCCGUGUCCCGCUCUCUCUCUCUGUUGCUGCUGCAGUUGUCCCGAGUCAUCUCGUGAAAGCAGAGCCGGCGCCGUCGCAGACGAUGGCCUGCGAGGUGCUGGUGGACCCGCGUCAGGACUUCCCCGGCUGGCUAGCGGCCAGGGGCAUGAACCCUCGCUACGCCACCGCGCUCGAGACCGAGCUGGGCAUCACCGACUACGACUCCCUGCUGGCGUGCGCGCGCCACCCCACAGUGCGCGGCGAACUGUUCACGCUCGCCCGCGAGCGCCUGCCGUUUGCCUUCUACGCCGUCCUCCGCCAGGUGCUGGAGGGCUUCGGCGCAGACGGGUUGGGGUGCGGUGCCGCGGCCGCCCCGUCCGCCCUGGCGGACACUCUGCAGGCCAUCGUCAGCAUGCUAAACGGGUUGAGCCAGGAGCUGCAGACGUCAGCUCAGCGCUUCAGCUGCAUCUACACGGACGCGGUGCACGGAGAGGAGCCCCAGAACACCGCAAUGGAAGGAAACCAGACAACCAGAGGAAACCCAUGCAGAACAGGGGGAGAACAUACAAACUCUGAACAGAGAGAGGAGAGGGUCGGCAGUGAAGAGGAGCAGUCUCUACCCGGGGAGGCGGGUGAAGCAGGAGGCAGCCCGGCUUCCAACCCAGCUUGGCACCAUGGCCAUGGGAAGGCACGAGGAAGCCAGCGCCGAGCAGUAGCAAGGGCUGAAGACGUGACCUCUCAGAAGCCGCACGUGUCAGGCUGGACUGGGAUCAAGAUCGAGCAGGAUGGUCGCUGGAGAGGUGAGAAUGAAGGUGUGAGCGGGGAAGAUGGACGCUACUUCUUGCCGGAGGUCCACCAGGAAGACCGGAAAGUGGCUGUCAUGGAGCAGCCCAGUCAUGUGGAGUCCUCCCAUGGGUAUCUGGGGAACUUAGAUGAUGGGAAUUGUGGCUACUCUGGAGAGGUCAGCGGAAAUGACUUUGCCGGAGGUGGCGGAAAUGGGCGUUUUCCGCAGCAGCAACAGCAGCAACCGCAGCAGCAGCAACAGCAGCAGCACCAGCAGCAUCCUGGGCAAAAGAAAGCUCGCAAGGUUCGGCGUAAUUGGUCGACCAACUUGGGGGCUCCUCUCCAGCAACAGCAGCAGGCUGAUGAAGCCACCGCCACUGCAUACCCAGAUCAUGACGACCUGCCAGGCGGGGUGGCUGGGGGCACAGCGGAGGAGCUCUGCUUUGGCCGGGCGGACCAAGAGCCGUUACCGUUCCUGCGCAAGGAUGAUCGCCCUGGGCCGCCGGCAAAACCUGUGCGGCGGAAGAACGCCCGCAAAGGGCUGUCCCGCAAGCUGUCGGCCGUGGAUGGGAAGGAAGCGUUCCGCUGCCAGGACUGCGGGAAGGAGUUCUCUCAGCGCUCGCACCUGAUGGUCCACGUUCGCAAGCACACGGGCGAACGGCCGUUCGCGUGUGAGGAGUGCGGCAAGCGUUUCUCGCAAUCCUUCUGCCUGGCGCGCCACCGUCGCAUGCACACCGGCGAGAAGCCCUUCGCCUGCACCGAGUGCGGGAUGACCUUCAAGCUGAAGCACCACCUCCGACGGCACCAGAAGACGCAUAGCGGCGAGAAGCUGUUCAUUUGUGAGGAGUGCGGCAUAGGUUUCUCGCAUAUCGGCACGCUUGCCCAGCAUUACCGGAGCCACGGGCGCGGAGCCACGGCAGAGGAUGGGGAGAGGGCGGAGCGGGCGUCGCCGCCCACGCUGCAGAAGAGCACCGGCAGCGCUGUGGAGAUGCCCGCAGCGACAGCGGCCAUGCAAGAGUCGGAGCCGAUGAGCGCCGUGUUCGACAGGCGGGACAUGGGUCUGGAGUACGGUCGACACGAGCACGCGAUGCACGGCUCAAUGAUGCCCGAGGCAUUCGGCAUGGCCCAGGGGUUUGGCAGCCACAUGAAUGAGAUACCCAGCUCCUCACUGCAGGGAUCCUGCAACCAGAACUAAAAGUAAUGUAAUGUAUUUUCUGGGAGACUACCUUGCCUAGAAAGGUGCUUUUGGGCAUUCUCCUAUAAUGGAUGUAUUGUCUGCUACUAAAUGUUAUGUCAGAACUCUACAUUUGGUUGGGCAUAUGAUGCAGGACGUGCAAAGUGUGCCAUUGUUCAGACAAUCAUUCCAACAGCUUGCUGGCUAAUAUCAGAAGUCCAUUGCAACAGUGUUUUUUGGCUGGUCGAGUGAAAUGUAUGUGAAUGUGUUUUGCCCAAAUUGUUUUCAUUCUUAGAUUUUAAAUGCUUUCCUUGUUAAAAUGUGUUCUUAAGUCAUAUAGUAUAUCAGCCAAUCACACCUGCAAAAAUGUGUGUGUAUGAUUUGUGACUUCCCCCAAAUUGUCCUCAAAUAAUUAAUUAAUUAGAAAAUACCAAAAUAAGAGAACCUCACCCGGACAAGGGAUACUGAGACACACCCAUGGAGCCAGGCCUGGGGGUGGUGUUUGCCGGCAAGCGCCUGGUGGCCGGGUGACCCACGUAACCUGGUCGGGCCCAGCCCGAAUUGGCUACGUGUUACCGUCCUGUGAGCCCACCAUCCGCAGGACGAAGGGUGAUGGGUGGGUGCAAUGCCAGUAUGGCAGGGAGAGAGAUGGUCUCAGACGGACUGGACCUUGGCUUUGGAUAAUGACCGAAAGAAUGAGAUUGUGGGUACAAGGGGCCAAAAUGAGGUUUCCCCGCAGGAUUGCCGGGCUCACUCUCCGUGAUCAGGUGAGGCGCUUGGUAAUCCGGGAGAGCCUCAGUUGAGCUGCUGCUCUUCCAGAUAGAGAGGAGCCAGUUGAUGUGGUUCGGACACCUGGUAAGGAUGCCCCCCCAGUAGACUCCCCCUAGAACUCUACCGGGCACGUCCCACUGGGCAAAGACCCCGGGGCCGGUCCAGGACACGCUGGCGGGACUAGGUUGCUCAGUCGACCUGGCAACAUCUGUAAAUUCCCCAGAAAGUGCUAGAGUUUGUCGCCAGGGAAAGGGAGGUCUGGACUGCCCUCAAUUUGCUGCUGCUGGGACCAAGACAUGCGGACUGAGGAACGAGCGAACAAUUUAAUUGGGUUUUUUUCUGGACAUGUUUUAAUCUUGUGGCAAAGUUGUAUUUAUUCCAGGUGCCCUGCAGAUCUUUUGCAGGCUUGAUAAAUAUCACAUUAAAGAUUAAAGCCGAUCGUUAUCUCCUGAGCAAAUGUGCACAGGCUGAGGGAGCCUGCUAUUGGCACACUGGCAAGUCGAGGCUUGUUGUAACGGACUUCUGAAGAAAACUCGCUACAGGUAUAUCCUGCGAUUUGUUAUUUUUUUGUACAUUUUAAAGUUACAUUUUUAGAUCUUUUCAUUUUAGAUUACAUUUUUCGACGUCACUUACGUGAAGCAACGUGGAACUUCCACGUGGUGAUUGCCACUGUGUACAGCGACUUGGCAAUGUGAAAAUGUAAGACGUUAAGAUUUGAAAUUGCCUAAUGCGUGGGAGAGAUUUUUUAAAUAAGCUUUUUCCAGUGUACAAAAGGCCUCGCAUGAUGGCAUUAUGCCGCAUCCUCUCCGAACAACUCAUCAGCAUUUCAUGGACACAACCACAGGCUGCCGAGAAAGCCCAAACAACGUGGCAGGGUGGCGCAGUGGUGAUACCCAUGCCUCAAACCAAGAAGAGCCUCGGUUCCAUUCCCGACUUGGGCACCACUUUAUAUGGAGUUUAUUUAUUCUCCACCUAUACUGCGUGGAUUUUUCUCUUGAGUUUCCUGCUUUCCUCUGAUAGCAAAAAAAAAUAAUCAUGCAAUGUAAGCAGUAUUGUCCAAACAUCCCAGUGCUGAAAGAUUACCUGGAAGUUACUCAACUGGGAUCACACACAGCAACAUUGCCCUCUUCUGCGAAAACAUGGCAGGACCUUCCUUAAAAGUAUUGAGACUGGCUUUUCCUAGGUAAACAAGAGUAGUAGUAAUAUGGUUAUAAUUGCAAGGGAACUGCAGUUUAGCACUUGAAAGUAGUUGCAUACAUAAAUUGGAGCAGAAAAUACAUUCAGUUGUAACAAAGUCAAAUGUGGUGUAAUCAGUCAUUGGUGGAGCCUAUCUGUUUUGGGGGAGGUCUCUCUGAUGCUGAGAAUAAUGAACUAAGGAACUUGCUCCAUUCACAUAUAAUUAACACCAAGGAAUUUAAACAGAAUAAUUGAAUAUUUACAAUUGCAUAAAUAAAAUCACUCCAGUUUAUUAAGAGAAGCUUUUCACCAUGAUGAGGUGGAAGGCUGAGGGUAGUCCCCCGACUGGCUUUAAACACCGAUUUGGAAAGUGAAAGUUGAAAUCUGCGAGAGCCGUCGGGGGCGGUGCGUGGGAGACCGCGGGGACUGGGCCCACCGACUGUCUUGCUCCACUGCGGGCUCCACUACGGGCUCCACAGUGCUUUCCAUUUUUAGCAUUCAUUUUAUGAAUGAAAUGUUAAUUUUUUUUUUUAAAAUACGAACUAAAUUUACUUAGUUUAGGUUUUUAUUUUGGCACAGGUAAAAGUCAAUGGGCAAUAAACACUCAUGUUCGAUGGGGACCUGGUUACACCGUAGAUGCCUGGUUACAGCAUGCUGUCCAACGCUGAGUGUGUCCUGCAAUGAACGGCACCGUGUGGACUGCUGAUUCCUUUCACCAACUGCAAAUUGCCAAAUCUUGCCAUGCAGCAGCAGCAACAACUGGAAUAGUGUACGAACAAAGUUUCGGUCGGAGUUUGUCUCUUGUUAUUGCAGUUCUCUUUGUUUUCAGGUAGCAAUUUCAGUUUUCUACAUUGUGGCUUACUGGAGUCCAACUUGGAGAGAUUUUACAAUGUAAUGACUGGGCUCAUUUGGCAGUCUGCAGCUUGAUAUAACAUGCAAGCGAGCUCUCGUAAGCCCAUGUCUCCAAUAUUGUGGGGCUGCCCAAUGUCUGUCUGUGAGGCCUUUAAGCCGAGGUGUUAAACUAUAUUGGUCAACAAUGCUCAUGUAAAUUACGAGAAAAUAUCGCAAUGCAAAUAUUAAUGCCGGCUGGAAACAUUUAACACAGAGUUGUACAGCCUUGCAUGUACACAAGCUCUCAGCCUUUAUGCAGACCACCAGCUCAAAAUAUCUGAGUGUUGCACCUCUUUCGUACCAUACGUAGCCAACCGCGCUAUUCAGAGGUUCUGGGGAGAGACAACAGACGAUACAUAAAAAGCAGUCUUAAGCACACGAGUUUUCAAUUAUAAAUGUAAAAGUGCACAGUCCCAAUGGACUUGUAAUGUCAAAUGGACAGUUGCAGAGGCAUAGUUUACAGCGUGCGAUGCCAUGACCAUUUUCAUUCAGUGAGUUGCCCAAAGUCACUGCGUGAGGAUGACCGCAGAGUUCUCGGGAUGGUCUGUGAUCCCCUUACCAGCUCGGCAAGGUGUUGUGGUUUGUCUCAAGCACUUUGUGUGUCAUAAGCACUCCUGCGGGCCUGCGUUGCCGCAUCGCUAUCAGAAGUGGUGUGGCAGUGGAGGUACUCUUCUGUGACCGUGUGGACGUAGGGGUGGGAGAACCGUCCAGGUCUGCAGCACAGUCGUGUGUGAGGUGUCGUGGCGAGCGACCCAAUGCAGUCGGAUGGAGGACAAUUUCCAUCAGUAAAUCAUAGCGCAGUUGGUGCAACACUAAACUGAACUAAUAAAUAUUUCAUCUUCUUUGGUUCUUUCGGUAAAGUCACGUAGAAUGAGAAUAAAAUAAUAAUCUUUUUCAGAAGGGACCUGGCUAUCACAAAUGAUAGCUCAAGAAAUUUGCUUAUGUGGAAUCGUAUAGCAGCCAAAUACUCUAAAUGCGUGAUGUUGAUUAUAAAUGUAGAGGGAAUAACUGGAGGACCCAGAGAAAAAUCCACGACCACUGGGAGAGGGGCAUGCAAACUCCAAAUAUGCAGGCAUCAUCGGGGUUGGGAUCUAACUCUUGACCGCUUGUUUAACAUGGCGAGGUAGUUAACAUCGGCCCAGAGAAACGGGCUGUGUGGGGUGGCAAUGCGAGAAGGCCCCACCAGAUAGUAAGUUUAAUAUUUACAAAAAUGUUAAAACAUUUACAUGAAAAAAAUCACAGCAUAUUAGUUACGAUUGUUUUUAACGUUAAUGAACGUAAAGUAUGGCUAUGAAUGUAAAUAAUUGAAUUUCAAAAAAUAAAAUAGCUGGCAGGAGUGGCAACAUUCUGUGUCCCCUACUGGUGCACCACUGCCAAUAUUCACAAGUGAGGCUGAGCUUGAGUUUGCAAUUAGCAUUGUCAACUGGUUUGCUCUGUGCCCAUUGUUGGUCUAAGUGACAAUAUGGCCACGGUCAGUUCUCUUGAGUUGGUGGUCUGGAAAAGGCUGAGAGCUUUUGCAAUGCUGCACACCUGUGUUUUGUUAAAUCCGCACUCUGUAUGUUAUUACACAGGAAGUUUUGUAUUGUGCCCCUUGGAUGUUAUGGUGACCCAUGUUAACCCAUCUGAUAGUUUGAGCAGACGAUGGGUUUCAAAGACGGUAAACUUUUACUAAUAAUGCUCAUUAGGAUUACUUCUAACUUGACCCGUGGAUUGAAUUAUAUAUUUAAACUCUCGGAAAAGUUCAUGAUCUGUGUUGUGUCAUGUGCUUGGGCAGGUUUCAGUCACAUUGUUUUAUUCCAACAGUACCGUAUUUAAAACCAAUUUAAUACGAAGACUGUUCGAAGGAUAUUUUGUAAUAAUCGGUUCUAAAUCUGAAGUUCAGACUACUACUCGUCAUGAUGUUAUAAUAAUUUUUUUAAAUAUUCCAAUACUGUAAUUGACAUUGGUUAUAAAAUAAACGUUUUAAAACUAA